AUCAAAUAGGUUCAGAAACCGGAAAUAAAAGAGGAAAUAUAACCGAAACCUGUAUAUCCGGUUAAUACGUCAUCACGUGACAUUCACACAACGAUAGGAAAAAGAGAGAGGAAGAGAGCAAACCUCCAACUUGGUGGGGAGGUCUUUUGAAAGUUCGGCUUUACCAUGCUGGAAAAGACUUAUUGGGAGCGCUUUUUGGACGUCGUAGAACCCCAUCUACCAGAGUAUCUUCACUGGAACGAGAUAUGUUGGACGUUUGUUUAUUACUUAGCUGAAGCUAGACGUCACAUUCAUCGAUGGUGUCGAGGAAUGGAGGCUUGGGAGAUUGUUGUCAAUACAGUGACAUACUGUUUUUAUGUCUGGCUUGUAACAGAAAUUCUGCGCUGGGUGAUUGGAUGGGCAUUCUUCCGUGAACAAAGUCUCAAGGAAAGAGUAAAAAAAGGAGUUUUUAAACUGGUAAGAAGGAUGCCCUACAUAAAGGAUAAGAUAGCCAGAGAGAUGCAGCAAACAAUGGAUGAAAUGGGAAGGAGUGCCUUUCCAGUAAGACCUGGAGAAACCUUUCACAUGACACUACCAGCAAAGGGAAUGAAAGAGAAAGAGCUAAUGAAGGAAAUUGAUGAUUAUUUAAAAUUGGGUGAUGUGAAUUGGCAGGAAGGACGUGUUUCUGGAGCAAUUUAUAAUGGAGGAAAGGAACUUACUGAAGUCCUUACAAAGGUGUAUUCCAAAUAUACAUGGGCCAAUCCUCUUCAUGUUGACAUCUUCCCUGAUGUGCGGAAGAUGGAGGCAGAAGUUGUCCAGAUGUGUGUUAAUAUGUUCAGAGGAGGGAAGGAUGCUUGUGGAACGAUGACCACAGGAGGUACAGAGAGUAUAUUACUGGCUUGUAAGGCUUAUCGUGAGUGGGCUCAUGAGCGCAGAAUUGAAAAACCAGAGAUUGUGGCACCAAUAAGUAUACAUGCAGCUUUUGAUAAGGCAGCUCACUAUUUUAAUUUGAAGUUAGUUCACAUUCCUGUUGACGAGGAAACUAGGAGAUGUAAUAUCAAGGCAAUGAAAAGAGCCAUUACAAAGAACACCAUCCUGCUUUGUGGUUCUGCACCACAGUUUCCUCAUGGUGUCAUAGAUCCAAUUGAGGAUAUGGCUAAGCUUGCCAGGAAGUACAAUCUUGGACUUCAUGUUGAUGCCUGUCUUGGGGGAUUUCUGGUUCCCUUUAUGAAGAAAGCAGGGUUUGACCUUCCUCCAUUUGAUUUUACAGUGGAAGGAGUUACCAGCAUAUCCUGCGAUACUCACAAGUAUGGCUUUUCACCAAAAGGAUCUUCAGUCAUCAUGUACAGCAACAAGCAUCUCAGGCGUUUUCAAUUCUUUGUAGCACCAGAUUGGCAAGGAGGAAUCUAUGCCUGUCCCACGAUACCUGGCAGUCGACCAGGUGCAGUCAUUGCAUCAACAUGGGCGGCAAUGAUGUACUUUGGGGAAUCAGGUUAUGUUGAAAGUACAAGAAAAAUCAUACAGACCAGAAUGAAAAUCGAGGCAGGCUUGCGAAAAAUCAAGGGCAUCUAUGUACUUGGGAAGCCUGAAGUGAGUGUAGUGGCAUUUGGAUCCAAGGAUUUUGAUAUCUACCGUCUUGCAGAUGCUCUUACCAAAAGACACUGGCAUCUCAAUUCUCUUCAGUUUCCUUCAAGUAUCCACAUUUGUGUCACUUACCUGAACACUCAGGUAGGUGUGGCUGAUCAUUUUGUAAAGGAUGUCCGAGAGUGUACUGCUGAGAUUUUGAAGGAUUCUUCAGUCAAAACAAGUGGCAUGGCUGCUAUCUAUGGUAUGUCUCAAAGUAUUCCAGACCGAUCCAUAGUCUCUGAGCUGGCGUGUGGAUUCCUCGACUGCAUGUACACAAUCGGCAACGCGCCGGCCCAUGAGAACGGAGUGCUUAAGAACUGAAGCAGUGUUAGUCACACCUGAAUCGUCUUGAUGUUUCAGUUAGUUUUGGAGGGGUCAAUCCCGGGGGUAGCUCUCACAUAAAACGGACGGGAAAGCUCGUCGGAAAUUUUGAAAAGAACCUCUAAAAGUUACCAAGAUCUCGUUUUGUGGGGGUGGCUUGAGAUGGUUUUCAACCCUAAGAGGUACCGAUUCUAAAACAACACAUAAUCUCCUGUCAUAUUUUGAGACCUUUAGAGGCUGAACCCCUAACCGCGUUUUUAUUCCCUAAAAGGCACGGGUAGCACCCCGGUCCUUUUUAUAU